CGGGCUCAGUUACUUUAUGUUCAUUGAUGGUUGAGGUUCUCCUGUGUGUCUGAACCACUGAUGCCCGUGUGAAUGGAGAGGUUCACCUCGUUCUAAGGAACUACAGCCGUUCUAACUAUCCGGUCUCGGAUACUAGCAGGCUCCUUCUGCUGGUGCUAUUUCUACUACUACUAGCGCCUACCUGCUGGAACUUAGUCUAAUCUUAGAAGGCGUGAUGAUCAUGGAUGGGGUGCGUGGGGUGAGCGGGGGGUCCAGCCCCCAUGUGCGUGGGGUGAGCGGGGGGUCCAGCCCCCAUACAUCUCCCACGAAGCGAAGCUUCGAUGUGGCCUUCCUAACAGGUGCUCGUGACCACAUCCUUGACCCCGAGGUGGCCACACCUGCUGCUAAAGUGAGCCGUAUGGGCGGCCUGAAGGUCACAUCGCCGCCAACGGCCACAGCAUCACCGCCCCUGCCGCCCUCGCCGCCCAGAGAGGAGGUCACAACAGGCAGCGCCUUCACGAAGGUCACUCGAUCUCAAGGUUCUUCGCCGCCUCACUUCAGCGCGGCGUCAGCUACUCUGGAAGCUCUUAGCUCCGCUUGGCCGCCAGUUUCCGCCUCUUUUAGCGCCGUUAGCUCGCUGUUGGGUAGCGGUAAGUCCCUGGCACCCCUGCUGGCAGCCCCUGGGUUGCUAAAUCCUGGGUUGGCACCCUUCCUGCCCCACGCUACCCCAGAUCGCCUCAACAACAACCUUGUUGAAGAAUACUUGAAGUCUCACCACCAGCUUAUCGAUUCCAAACACAGCGAUAUGUCUGCCAGCGAAGCGCUAUCCCGUCUGCGGUCAACUAUGUGUCCGACAGACCCUUACAAACUGCCGUUUACAUCCCUAACGUACCCGCUGUCUGCUCCGUCUGCCGCCGACGCUGCGAAACUCAGUGCCGCGUCGCCGUUCUUGUCGCAGCCGUCCGUGUCAGCGCUAAUGCCUCCGUCGCUGACGUCCUUCGGCCAGACGACGCAGAACGUGUGCGCCAAGUGCAACAUUUCUUUCCGCAUGACGUCGGAUCUAGUGUACCACAUGCGUUCCCAGCACAAGAGAGAGGCUGAUCCCUACAAGAAGCGUCGCAACGAGCGUCUGAAAUGCAACAUUUGCAACGAGAGUUUCAGGGAGAGGCAUCACUUGACACGCCACAUGAGUGCUCACCAGGAUCGUGACGAUGAUACCCAGACCAAGUGAAGGACCCAUACCCACUAGCCCAGCCACUCAGGGCUGCCCAUACUAGUCAGCCACCGAGGCUGCCCAUCCAGCCACCCAGGGCUGCCCAUAAUUGCUAGUCCAGCCAUCCAGGGCUGCCCAUAAUUAGUAGUCCGGCUACCCAGGGUCACUGGCCCCUAACAUACACAAAGUGGGUUAUUUCUCAUACCUUCAACCCAAACGGCUAUAUUACACUAACAGUGAUUAAGUGUGACAAGAGCUGUGACAGUGACACAAGAACAGUGAUUGUGACAGGAGUAGUGAUAGUGAUACUGUUACAGUGAUUGGCUGUAAAAUGAGUAGUGAUCAUGUGAUACAAGAACAGUGAUUAGCUAAUGUCAAACCGGUGAUUAUCUUACACAUGGACAGUAAUUAGUUGAAUCUGAUUAGCCAGCUAAUGGAGUUUCAAGUCUAUCUGCUACACGAGGGUCAUUAAGGCUGCAUGUCACCUGUACACCACCAGUCAAGAAUACUUUAAUACCUAAAAUACUGAUUAAUGUAAACUACCAGUGUAUAUACACUGAGAUAUACACCUCUCAGUGUAUAUACACUGAGAUGUACACCUUUCAGUGUAUAUACACUGAGAUAUACACCUCUCAGUGUAUAUACACUGAGAUGUACACCUUUCAGUGUAUAUACACCUCUCAGUGUAUAUACAUUGACUCAUAAGGAUCAUUCACUUGCACUAAGAGAUGGAACAUACAAAGGCAGUGACUGAGCUAAAAAUUAAUUUACAAAAAAGACAUAAGCAACAGAAAGCAAAGAAAACAGAAACUGCAAAUACGUGUAAGUCCUAAGGACAAUAACAGUGCUGGAUCUGUUGUGCUGGGGACGUUGUUUUAAGAUUGUCCUUGAUUCUACGUACAUGGCUCCGUCAACGUGUGGAUUAUAUCUCCAGUAACACAUCAAAAUCAUGCAGUUGAUGUGCAUAAAGCAGAACAAUGUGGCAACUAACUUUAAUAUCAAUUGCACGUGUAUUAUUUUUUCCAAUGGGAAAUUUAGUGCAGUUACCCCUCGACAGAUUUAAAAUUUCUGAGAACUCCUAAAUUUUAUGCAAAUAUUCACAGAAAAUAAUAUUUAAUUUCACAAUACCACCGAUUUUCUUACUCAAUUUUAUUUUGUACAUAUAUUCGUAGUUUAAAAUAACCAAAUUUCUCUAACAUAAUAGCGAAUUUGCAUAAAUUUAGGUAACUCAGAUGGGCCAAUUCUCACGGGUAACUUAAGGAAUUACUAGACAAAUUAACGCUAUAUACAUCACUGUAAAUGAUUACGAAAUAUGUAAAGUACAGUGUAACCUGGUUAACGAGGCUCUGAAGUACA